UGCACCGUGUCUCAUUGGAGUCUCUGGGAGUUUUGCACUGAGGCAGGGGUCAGCUGAAAGACAAAGAAAAAUGGCGAAUAGUUUGGGAGGGCAGCUGUUCAGUUUUGUACCACAGUGGACACUCCAGAGAGCUUUGCCUGCAUCUCCUGCUGCCUUUGUUUCCUCUUCCUCCACGUCUCUCCCUCUCUCUCUCUCUCUCUUUUGUGGAGAAGGACUAGAAAUGGCUAAAUUAGCUCUGUCAGAGGAGGCAUAAUUAGCUGCCUGUAAAAUUAACGCUGUCCCUGUUACCAUAAUGUCCACGGAUGGGGGCUUUGCAGGAGGCAACAGUGAUGCACAGCAGUGUCUUCAGUCUUUCUGGCCUCGGGUCAUGGAUGAGAUUCGAAACCUAACAGUGAAAGACUUCAGAGUUCAGGAGCUCCCGUUGGCACGCAUUAAGAAGAUCAUGAAACUAGAUGAAGAUGUGAAGAUGAUCAGUGCAGAAGCCCCUGUUCUAUUUGCCAAGGCUGCUCAGAUAUUCAUCACAGAGCUGACCCUACGAGCCUGGAUUCACACCGAAGACAACAAACGCAGGACCUUGCAGAGAAAUGAUAUUGCUAUGGCCAUCACGAAGUUCGAUCAAUUUGACUUUCUCAUUGACAUCGUUCCAAGGGAUGAACUUAAACCUCCAAAGCGGCAGGAGGAGGUGCGCCAAGCUGUGACUCCAGCAGAACCUGUCCAGUACUACUUCACCCUGGCCCAGCAGCCAGCAGCUGUCCAGGUCCAGGGCCAGCAGACGGGCCAGCAGACAACCACGUCCACCACCACAAUCCAGCCUGGGCAGAUUAUCAUUGCACAGCCUCAGCAAGGGCAGACCACUCCUGUGACCAUGCAGGUCGGCGAAGGGCAACAGGUGCAGAUAGUUCAGGCCCAGCCACAGGGGCAAACCCAGCCAGCACAGAGCGGGACCGGGCCAACCAUGCAAGUUAUGCAGCAAAUCAUCACCAACACGGGUGAAAUCCAGCAAAUACCGGUCCAGCUUAAUGCCGGCCAGCUGCAGUAUAUCCGCUUAGCUCAGCCUGUGUCUGGAACCCAAGUGGUCCAGGGCCAGAUCCAGACGCUUGCAGCCAACACACAGCAGAUUGCGCAAACAGACGUUCAGCAGGGACAGCAGCAGUUCAGCCAGUUCACAGAUGGACAGCAACUGUACCAGAUCCAACAAGUGACCAUGCCUGCCGGUCAAGACAUCACCCAACCCAUGUUUAUCCAGUCUACCAAUCAGACAACAGAUGGACAGGCCCCACAGGUCACGGGAGACUGACCAGCUCCAGCUGGAAGCGCUUCUGAUAUGGCAGAAUUCAACCCGACUUGACUGAUGUUUCCGCUGACAGAGUUCAGAAGCCUUCUUUAACUAGUCCAUUCCCUCCCCACCACGAGUCUUCAUUGAUAGAAAGAUGCCGAGGGCUGUGAUCAGCAUUACAUCAACUGCUUAUGUUGGCUGGACGAAGAGGAUGCCAUAGGAACUGACUACAA